AUGGAGCUUAAAGCCCACCCAGGCAUUUCCUUUUUGACUAUUGUAUCCAGGCCAGGAAAUGUAUACAAGGAUCCUGAUGAUGGACGUCAGCGUUUUCUACUUGAGUUGGAGUUUGUUCAGUGUCUAGCUAAUCCAACCUACAUUCACUAUCUAGCUCAAAAUCGGUACUUCGAGGAUGAAGCUUUCAUUGGCUAUUUGAAAUACCUUACAUAUUGGCAGCGACCAGAGUACUUAAAAUUUAUAAUGUAUCCACAUUGCUUGUACUUUCUUGAACUUCUCCAAAAUGCAAAUUUCCGCAAUGCGAUGGCACAUCCUGGAAACAAGGAGUCGGCACAUAGGCAACAAUUUUUUUUCUGGAAGAACUAUAGAAACAAUCGUUUAAAGCAUAUUGUACCACGUCCACUUCCUGAACCGGUUGCUCCUCCCCCCACUCUUCCUCCACCACCGUGUAUGCUAGUGCAAGCUCCAUCUGUUGGUGGUCCUCCUCCUGCUGGUCCUCCUUCCCACACUCCUAUGCAGUACGCCAUGCCACCCGGAUCUUCCUUGCAGAAGGUUGAUGGCAGAAAUAUAUCAAUCGAUAGAAGGAAGAGAAAGAAAGACAGCUGAGGUUCAAAGACAGCAGAGGCAUUCUCAAGCAUUAUAUUGUUUCAAUCACUUUGACACAGUGGCGUAAUAGUUAUUAACUAAUGUACAUGUAAAUUUGAAUCUGUAACAGAGGUUUUUUUUUUUUAAGCUAAAGGAAUGAAUUUAUUAAGAAUGAGAGAUUACAUAGUUUGCCUCUCCCUGCACUUUGGCAGCUAUAUCAAUAGAAGGUU